UAAUUAUCUGCGCGUGUAGUCUGGAUAUUCUUCCAACUCGCAGUAGGCACCAAUCACGUGCGGGGUGUGAACGGGCUGCCCCACUCACUCCGUCCUCGUGGUAGAGCAAACACGUGAAGCUGGUACCUUCCAUUUCCGCCCUUUCUACUCCAUCCCACUCUCAAGAUACCGCGACGUUGCAAAAUCAACAACGAUCUCUGCGAGCUCGCGCAAUAAUGUCCGCCGAAGCUCAGGAUUUGGUUCCGUCAACAAACCAUGCGCCGGCAAGCGCCGCAGUAUAUCGGCGUGUGCGUACACACUUACGUAGCCUACGAGACUUGCGCAAGUUCGGCUAUAGGUACAAAAACCCCAAAGACGUACUUUCCAUGACGCCCGCAGAACUUCGGAAGCUAGAACAGCAGCACUUUCCAAGUCCAGCAAACACCUCUCGUCUCGCAGACCUGAGCGAUGAAGAGACUGACCAACAAGCCGAUGCCGCGCGGCGGUGGCUACUGGGUAUGCUCGACUGCCAUGACAAAGUGAUGACCCGGGAACACGAAAUAAGAAUGUUCAGAUUCGCCGUGGAGAAGCAAAUGGAAGAACGAGAGAGUGAUUGGACUGAUCUGGAACGACUUUACAUGGCACUCGCAAACAGCAAUCUCGCAUCGCCGCAAGAGCGAUUGCAGGCGGCUUUCGUGACCGUCUUUCACUUUGACUACCCGCAACACCGGCGAGAUGUUAAUGAGGUCGCCCAAAAGCUGGACGAGCGUCUGAAGCGUGCAUCUGACAUGGACGCCGGGAUAGAUGAGACACGCGAGGUUAUACUCGCCAGAACUGACUUCAUCCACGUCGACCAUUUCGCGUGCGCCAUUCCACUUUCACUACUCACCGUCACAGCUGACAACGCUUCUGUGGCCGAUGACAACGCCGGCUGCUGCCCAAUCUGCCAACACUCAUACACCUCAUUCCAAGAUUCCUCUAUCGUACAACUGUUAGGUGACUAUCCAGUGCGCAUAAAGCAAUGCGGUCAUAUCAUUGGAAAGUCAUGUCUAGAGCAGUGGAUGAGAACGCCAAAGAUCGACGAAGCAAAGUACCCACAUCGCACAUGUCCGUGCUGCCGUGUCAAGAUCGAAGGUGUGAAGUCGCCCUCAGUACCUCGCGGGCUACUGGAUCAUUUGAAGACCGACCGACGAGCCAUGGAGACAGUAAGAGAGUUGCUAUUCGGGUGUGAUAUGGACCUAGAGGAGUGUCUGAGCGCCAUCAGCGCGUGCAUGAGCGAGGAGAUCGCCUGCGAGGAGCUGGUGGCUGAGUGUGGACGGAAUGAUGGAGAGCAAGACAAUCAGGUACUGAAGGACAAACUUGCGAAUCUGGAGAAAGAGAAACGGGCCUGGGGAUUUAGGGGAGAUGGAAUUUGGAGAAGGCUGCGAGAGGAAUGGAUGAACAGCGGUGUUGUCCGGAGGGCUUGAGAAUGACAGUCAUGCCUCUGCAUGUUGCCGGGAGUUCUUUGGUACUGUUCGGACUUUCGGACUCAUACUCAACAAGAAACACAAUACUGUGGGCUCGGACGAAGGCAUGCGGAUCUCGUGGAUAUCGGAAAGGGCCGAACGAGCUGUUCGUGUCUAGGAGCUCUUGGCUCACGAGGCAGUGCAAGCUGAUGAGGCAUUUUCUUUCCAGCACUUCAGUCUAUCUCGAGUAUACUCCAUAGUACAUCAAGCUUCACGAGGAAGCUCGCUCAACAGCCAAGCAAUGAUAGAUCGACAUACCAA